AGUUUUUAAGAUUUAGGUCAGGACCCUGGCUGGCCCGUUCCAAAUAUGUUCAUAUUCUAGUCAGAGGAACAUUAAAACUUUCAGCUUCUCAGGCAACAACCAGAAGUCCAGCCUCCCUUUGCACACAUUGACGGCAGUAGGAAGUGGCCAUGAUGUGUUUCUGUCGCUGUUCCAGAAAUGAAAACCAAUGAAUCAGCACUGUACGGGGAGCUAAGCGCUAGACGCUGCACUGGGUCACGGAUUCUCUGCAGUGGCUGGGUUCGGUAGGUACUGACCUGCUGUUCUGGGUUCAUCUAGACCACCAUUCCCACAAAGGCGUUUGGGAUUUCCAUCAGAAGUGUGGGCUUACGAAAUUACAGCGGGAUACAUAAAGUGGCACAUGGAUGGCUUUUAGGCUCUGUCUUCUGAACUUCAGGUGUGUCAGGAGCUAACAUUAUGGAGUCCACCAAGGCGCUUGGUAAACUGGACCUGACCCCUGGCUUGGGUGCUACUGGGGACAUCGCCUCCAUGAACAAGUCCGGCCAGCAGCUUCUGGGACCACAGGACCAAGCUCACCUAAACGGCUGUAUCCCACUUUCUCAUCAGGUGGCAGGUCACAAGUACGGAGUGGAUAAAGUAGGUAUUUUACAGCAUCCAGAUGGAACAGUCUUGAAGCAAGUUCAGCCUCCUCCUAGAGGGCCACGCGAAAUGCAGUUUUAUAGUAUGGUGUUUGCAGAGGACUGCUCAGAUCCAUGUCUCCUAGACCUCCAGAACCUCCUUCCCAAAUAUUAUGGCACCUGGUCUUCUCCUGAAAGCCCAAAUGACCUUUACCUGAAGCUGGAGGAUGUAACAAAUCACUUCAACAGGCCGUGCAUCAUGGAUGUGAAACUGGGCCAGAGAAGCUACGACCCAUUUGCCUCUCAGGAAAAACGAGAGCAGCAGAUCAGAAAAUACCCUUUGAUGGAGGAAAUUGGGUUCCUGAUCCUUGGCAUGAGAGUCUACAACGUUUCCAGCGACACGUUUGACUCCUAUAACCAACACUAUGGGAGGGGCCUGGCUCAGGACACUGUUAAAGAUGGCUUAUCUAAGUUCUUCCAUAAUGGAGUCUGUUUGAGGAAGGAUGCCAUUCGGGGCAGCAUCUGCAGACUUCAGCAGAUUCUGCAUUGGUUUCAUUCCCAGCACCAGCUGGCCUUCUAUGCUAGUUCCCUGCUUUUUGUCUACGAGGGACUCCCCUCCUCCUUCACAUCAUCCUCCUUUUCUUUUCAACUUAGCGAUCCAUCAGUUAGUGAUGCUGUGAUGAAAACAGCCAAUUCGUUGCUGGUUGUUGAUGGCGAUCAGAGCCAGGAAGGGACAGCAGUUCAGGAUGAAGCAGGACAGAUAAACAAAGUAGCUGAGUACAACAACAACAUGGAAGUUUCAGUUUCACAGGACAGCAGCUUCUCCUCGGUUCUCACCAAUAACAGAAAAGAUGGAGAUCCCUUUUGCGUCAGGGGUUUCCUCCACAUUAACAGGGUGGAUGAUGUUGCUGCUGAGACAACUAAAGCUUCUAAACCAUGGGAUCAAGCACCUGCACUGUAUGAAGAAGAUAAUACGUGUCAGAGAAAAGCUGAUCAGAAACUGUCACCUAUUGAGAAUAGAAACAAGGACGGAGAGAGAGCCAAGAUCAGCAGAACAGCGGAGGUAGCGGAGGGGUUGGAGGGACAAAGGGGGACAGAUGAACAGGGCAGUGCAGGAGAUGCAGAUGUGGAGGUCAGGAUGAUUGAUUUUGCUCAUGUUUUCCCGAGUGAUGGCUACGAUCAAGGCUACAUCUACGGUCUGAAAAACCUGCUGACAGUGCUAGAGCAGAUACUCUGUGAGGCUGCACGGUGCUCGCUUAUCUCCCCUACCUCCCAAGUUCCUUGAAGAUCCACGGUGUCUUCUUCUCAACAAACACAAAACUGAAGAGGACUAAAAAAAUGAACCACUAAUAUCACACAUCUGACGGGGUUAACGGUCAGACAUGAUUACUGUAUUUUUGUAUGUGGCUAUGUCCAAUAUUUUUAUCCUAUUUUAUCCUUUGGACCCAACACCUCCACUGUUUAAUGUUGAGAAAAUGUUCUGGAAAUCAAAUUUCAGCCUAUAUUUCUCCAGAACGUUUUGGUACUUGAAGGUCCCAGAGCCUCCAAGGUACUUUUGGGCUUUAUUGUGAGGUGACGUGUAAGUUCCCUGUUACUAGUCACUUCAUGAUGCAGCUGGACGCUUGAGAGAAACCUCAAGGUAAGUUCUAACUGAAUCAUGAAGUACCCAGUGUGGUCCAGGAUGCCCUGUAAGCUCUGGGAAGGUGUAGGUUGAAUGAUGUGUUGCAUCAAUGUCCUUCAUAGCAUCACAGUCUGAUGGCUGGAAGUUUUUUCUUUGUGUUUCUGGCAGGUUUCCGUUAGCAGAGAUUCAUUGACUGCAACAUUUUCCUGUUUUCUCCUCCUUAUAUAAGAUAGUAGAUGUAUUCUAUACAUUGUGCAACUGGAUACGUGCUAAUCUGACAAGAUAUCAUGAAACAUUUUGAAAUCGUCUGGCUCUUUGUCAGGAAUAAUCAGUUCUGGAUCAAACCAACUCCUAUUCUGUUCGUUUUUCAGUCAUUCCAAAGGAAUUUAAUUAAAAUGCUUAAUCAGAACGAGAUCCCGGAUACAAGCGGCUGAAAUGAGCUUCCUCCGUAGGGUGGCCGGGCACUCCCUUAGAGAUAGGGUGAGGAGCUCGGCCAUCCGGGAGGGGC